CAAUCUCUCAUGAAUCACUGCUUCCACUUUGCCUUUCUCCUUCUGUUCCUUUUAGUCUUUCUAUUUUGACCAUUAGUCUCUAGUACUCCAAAACACUCUCUCUACGUCGCCCUUUCUUCAACUCUCGGCUGCCAUCGUGCGGGUCACGAAUCCUCCUUAGCUUACCCGAUCAAUCCUUCCUCUUCUUCUCGCCGAAAGCAGCUCGAGAUCUGAGACAUCCGCCGACUAUCCUAUACCAGUGCUCUAUCAACGGACCUUACCUCAUUAGCUUUUUUUUGGAUCUGCAACCUUCACCUCUUCCAACCACCCUGCCCACCAUGCUUGCCUCUUCCUCAGUUCUCAGCAUCUCCGCAGUCCUGGCUACCACGGCGGCCUUCCUGGCCGUCACUGCUGACGCCGCUGCCCACCAGUCCCCCUCAGGACUGACCCGUCGUCAUCGCCCUCCUCCUUCACGCUCAGAGCCUCACGCCCUCGAUCGCCGAGGUUCCGAUUCCACCAAUGCUACCUUUACCUCUCUGUGGUACGCCAGCUCUUAUACCAAUGGAGCCCAACCACCUGAAUACAUCUCCGGAGACACCGCUGGACAGACGGUGAUCAUCGGAGGUGCCAACGGCACAGACAACAACUCGCCUGUCUCGUCGUGCCCCAUUGCUUUCAUCGGAGGAUCCGCCGUUGGCGGGGAGGACACGACUGGAUGGCAAUCGAAGGCACAGGUCGUCGACUUUGACAUUGUCGAUCUUCCUCUGGACGACGGUGCAGUUCUGCCAUUCUACCUGGAGCGCAAAGACUUGACAAAGAUCAAAAGAAUGGUCGUCGUCUUGCAGGGCGCACCGCGCGACACCUGGAGGUACGCAAACUUGGCGAGAUACACCGGCCUGUGUGCCGUCUCCAAUGCGGACUACGACGUCAACUUCGAAGACUAUGCCGUGGCUGCCCCACUCCUUUGGAACACCGAUGAUCUCAGUGCUGGAGGUGCCUCUUCCAAUCAACUCGUCUGGAGCGGCAGUCAAUGGGCGACUGGAUCUAUCACCAAGGGUCCGGAUAACUCCUCUUACACGUCUUUUAAAGCCAUGGACUCCCUUGUCACUUCCUUCUUCAACCAAACUGCUUAUCCCGCCCUCACUUCCGUCGUCAUUGGAGGUCACUCGGCUGGAGGACUCUUCACUCAGCGUUACGCUAUGCUUAGGGAGAACGUCCCGAAUGAAGACCUGAACAUGAAGUGGUGGGUCGCCAAUGCCGGCUCUUACGUUUGGCCCGUCGACGCUCGACCGGUGCCGGAUCCAACGACUGCAACGACUUGCAAGACCGACGACGCCUCCUGCACAGUCGAUGCGGCUUGUGAUGCUAUCAAGAACGAGUGGCCCUAUGGGAUUGACGCCAACGAUUCUAGCACCAUGAACAUCUACGCACGGUCUAGGUUCGAGGCAGGUCAGAAGGAUCAGAUCCUGACCGACUACCUGAACCGAAGGUUCCUCUACUCUGUGGGACAAGAUGAUAACGGACCGGGAGAUACCCAUUGCCAGGCCCAAUACCAGGGUGACUCGCACAUUACUCGUGGGGAGAAUCUAUGGGCAGCGCUAGCCACCCUCAAUGCUCCCAACCAUCACACUGCUGUGGUGGCCAAUGCUACCCACGUGGACGAAGAGAUGUACAUUGAUCCUUCUACUCAGAUGUGGCUGUUCGUCGAUGGCCUCAAUGACGCUAGGAACACGACUGCGGUCACGAGCUCUAGCGAGAGUGGUAGCACCACUACCUCGUCGGGCAGCAAGAGUAAGAGCACGAGUAAGAGUAGUAGCAGCAGCAGUAGCAGUGGCAGCAGCAGCAGCAGUGGCGCCCAAACGGCUGCUGCUCUCAACUCGGGUCUGGCUCUUCUGGGUGCUGUGCUAUUCACUUUUGUGGCUGGCAUCUGUGUCGUCACUGGCUGAGUAUGAUGCCUCGAGGACUCAUCCCACGAGCCGACGCUGCCCCCCUCCUACUUUGCUCAACCUCCUAUCCUAUUGGACCCUUCCUGUUUUCCCCCACUUUAUGCCGGGCCUGAGACGUAAAGUCGUGCGAUCCUUGAACCAGUCAGCUCCCCUCCUUGUUGGCUCCGGUUUCGGGGAAGUCGUCACUUGCGUCUAUGGGCCUCGUCUCGCCUUGGCUCGGCUUUUUGCUGCGUUUCUUACUGUAUAUAUUGCUAUUAUUAAGAAUAUUACAAGUGGACUCUCAUUGAAUUUGAAUUUGAUAUUUCAUUGCUGUUG